AAUAUACCACAGCUCUUGUAGUAGGGCGACUGUGAGUGUACCUAAAAUGAGGUAAUCUUAAUUGGGCAUGGCUGCUUAGUCAUAAGCAAUCAUGUCCUGGCCAAUCCGCUGUACCAUGAGCUGUCAAAUCUGCAUUCCCCACGUGGUCGGGGGGCGGUCUUAUCUGGAGUUGAACAUGCAACUUUUAAUGAGGCAAACAAUUGGAUGCAUUGGUAGUUGCUCACCGUACAGUCAAAGAAGAACGCUGCGAGCCCGCGUUAGGUCACCCCUUCGCUCGUUUGGAUUCGCAUCCAUAGCGUCUGUUGGCGGUGUUAACCCAGUGCGCACCGCUGCUGCAACACUGGAGCUUCGGAGACCAAGAACUGGAUGAUGUGAAUGCCUCACGCUCGUUAAGGACCGUUUUGAGACACACCAUUCCCGUUUCACUUUCAACUUCCAAAGCAGGAUUUCAAGCAUGGACUCUUUGGGUGACUCUGCGGGGGACAACAAGUCGUCUGCGUGUCAGUGCGGACAUAAACCCGUUUUCUACCGGUGGCCUCCCGGUCUCCCCGUCGCCGUGUGCAUACUGCUGUCCCUGUGCUCCAUAAGCGUGUGUCUCCUCAUGAGCGUCAAGACCCACCGGCUGGAGCAGCGACUGCAGAUGGAGCUGGACCGCGCGCCCACCUUCCACCCGCCGCUCGGGGCUUUCCUCCACGAGGAUGGGAGCCUGGUUCCUGAGCUGAGCGCCUCCGUGGGAAAACUCGUGGAAGAGAAAGUCAUGGUGCUCAUGCCAAAGAUGCGAUCAAUUCGAGAUGUUGGCCAGGAGUGCGCCUGUCCUCCAGGGCCUCCCGGAAAGCGUGGAAGGAUGGGAAGAAGAGGGGAACCGGGUAAGCGAAGCCGACCACCUGGCAAGGCGGGACGGGAUGGAUACCCGGGCCCACUUGGCUUGGAUGGUAAACCAGGACUACCAGGUCUCAAGGGAAGCCAGGGACCAGUUGGGCCCAAGGGAGAAAAGGGUGACCAAGGAGACAUUGGGCCUAGGAUGGUCUAUCCUCGAUACGAUCAUGGCUUUCUCUCUGGUGACCAGUCCAGCACCUUUCAGAGACGUUUUCUGAAGGGUGACCAAGGCCAGGCUGGACCUGCUGGCCCUCCCGGCCCCCCGGGUCCCCCAGGUCCCAGAGGCCCCCCUGGGAACACAGGCAAAGACGGGCCCCGCGGCCCAACGGGAGAGCCAGGUUUUCCAGGUCGUGAUGGCAUCGAGGGGCCUCAAGGAUUGCCUGGGAAGCCGGGAGAAGAUGGUGAGCCAGGAUAUCCAGGACCACAGGGUCCUCCAGGGGCAAAGGGUGAAGCAGGUAUUGGAGAAAAAGGAGAGCGAGGCAUGGAUGGACUACCAGGAUUAAAGGGAGAUAAGGGCGCAAUAGGAGAGCAGGGCCCCAUGGGGUAUCCUGGUGAAAAAGGCAUAGCAGGCUCCUCUGACAUCAUUGACUUCAAUGGGAAGCUUCUAGAUGCUUUCCAGGCCAUCAACACUAUCAGUAUCUCGGGCCCACCAGGACCACCUGGUCCCCAAGGUCCUCCCGGAGAAAAGGGGGAGCUCGGUUUACCGGGGCCAGCUGGAGUGGACGGAGAGAGGGGAUCUAAAGGUGACAUCGGUGAAAUAGGACCAUCAGGGGAAAGAGGAGAAAAGGGAGAGAUGGGGCUAUCUGGGCCUGCGGGUAUGGACGGUCAGAAAGGAGAGAAGGGCGACUGCAGACUGGAUGACAACCUGGUUCAAAUGAUUUCCCAGCCAGGUCCCCCUGGCCCACCAGGCCCGCCUGGAGAACCCGGUUCACCUGGAGCUAUGGGGCUGCAUGGAAUGCCUGGACCAAAGGGGGAGCCAGGAUUUGGGCUAAGAGGGGAGAAGGGUGACAUUGGUGCUCCAGGAACCAAUGGAUUGGACGGCCUUCCGGGUUCACCUGGCUCUCCGGGCCUAGUGGGUCUUCCAGGAGCUAAAGGAGAAAGAGGCAGGCCAGGGGAGCCUGGACUUGAUGGUUUGCCAGGCUUUAUGGGAGAGAAGGGAAACAGGGGGGAACGAGGAGAGAAGGGUGACAGAGGAAGUGUUGGAAAGAGAGGACUGAAGGGUCAGAAGGGAGAACAGGGUCCUCCAGGUCUGGACCAACCCUGUCCUGUGGGUUGUGAUGACAAAAAAGAUGUGUCUCGUGUGGACGGAGCACUCUCUUCUCCUCCACCUCCUCCUCUUCCUCCUUCCGCCCCUGUGGCCCUCUGUCCUGUGGGACAUGAUGGGCUGCCCAUACCAGGCUGCUGGCACAAGGAGGAGAUGGCGAGGCAGAAGCUUAAACGCAAGCGUCUCAUUCAGCCAUGAGGGCCUUCUUGGGGAAAAGGAACACUUAAAGGGGCAGAGAGGGCACAGAGGCAUGUUGGCCUUGAUGGAGCACAACAUGCACUGCCUCCGUGUCACGAUGAACACUGUCUCCGUAAUGGGAAAUCUCCAGGAGGGGGCGACAAAUCCACUUCCACGAUCCCCCGGAAGCUGUGGCUGAUGAUGUGGGUGAUGGCACAUAAAGGAAGGAUUGACAGCACGUACAGUAUUAUGCUUGGAUAUUUAGAGAAGAUCUUUCCUAAUUAACUGCAUAAUUACAACGUCUUUUGCAGGCUUUUUACCGCUUUUUUUAACAUGUGGCAGUAGAAAUGUGUUUUCUUGGCCAGUUACAUUUUGCAUUCCUACACAUUGCCAUGUUUGUUGACAGCAUUGAAGGAGCCUCUACAGUGUUCAUGGUAAACCAGUGCACCAAUCAGUGGAGCUUAACCGCUUCCGUAUAUUACAGUUGCCUUAAAACAGGGGUGUCCAAACUGCCACAUGGGGGGGCCAUUUUCCAAAAUUAAAAAGAUUAAAAAAAAAAAAAAAAAA